AUCGUGUCAACCACACUGUAAACAACCGUGUACCGGAAUUGAUUGGAUAAAUAGUGGGCGGCUUGGGUAUUUCCGGUGGAUGUCACGCUCAAACUCACCUUUGCAGAGUCCCAUAAAAUCCCAUUCCUUAUAUACCAAUGUAGAUUUUAACUUUAACCGACAAAGAUUAUUUUCUUCUUUCAUAUAUUAUAUUAGUUGCAUGUUAUAGGUCUCUAAAUACUCUUGUAAAGAAAGGAAAUUGGGAAAAGAAAAAUCCAUGGCUGACCCUGCUGUCGAUUUGGACCAACUUCUUGACAGCGCUUUGGAUGAUUUUCAGAACCUCAAUCUCACCUCUUUUGCUCAAAGAGGUGUAAAUAAUGAAAAUAUUGAUGAUGGUGAGGGAGGGCAGAAGCAAGAUAAAUCAUCUUCAUUGCCCAGUGGAGGUGUUCAAGGAUUGGGGAUGGGGUUGCCUGAUUUGAAGAGUAAGAAAAAGGGUAAACAAAAGGUAGGAAAGCGGGAGUCCCAUGUUUCUGAGGCUCUUGAUAAGCUAAGAGAGCAAACUAGGGAAGCUGUCAAAGGUUUAGAAUCGGUGACAGGUUCGAAACUUCCAACAGGCGGAGAAAAUUUUGGGAGUAAUGCAAUGAUGGAGGAUUGGGUUAAGCAGUUUGAGGAGCUUGCUGGCUCUCAGGAUAUGGAGUCAGUUGUGGAUACCAUGAUGCAACAGCUUCUGUCUAAGGAAAUUCUUCACGAACCGAUGAGAGAAAUCGGAGAACGAUAUCCAAAAUGGUUGAAAGACAAUAAACCAAGCCUAUCAGUUGAAGAAUAUGAACGUUAUUUCCACCAGUAUGAGCUUAUAAGAGAUCUAAAUCAAGUUUAUGAUAGUGAGCCAGAUAACUUCAACAAGAUUGUUGAGCUCAUGCAGAAAAUGCAAGAGUGUGGUCAACCACCUAAUGAUAUUGUGCAAGAGCUUGCUCCAGAUUUUGAUCUAUCAAAUCUUGGACAAUUGUCUCCUGAAAUGUUGGACUCUCAACAGAAUUGUGGCAUUAUGUAAGCACGGUGCGACGAUUUAUCAUUGGUCCCUUUUGCAUGUCAUCCAAAAGGUUGUGUGACCUAAUUAUGAUGAUGGUGUUUUAUGUGCCAAUAUAGGACAUUUGCUGCCCUUUUGAGAUUGAAUUUACAUUAAAUGUAAUCUUGAUAAAGUUGGUGUGAUGACGUAUUGAGCAUUGCAUAUUUUAAUAAUUUUGACAAUUUUAGGAGAAAAAGGUAUAUACCUAUCAUGGAAGUGAUAUGUAAUUCAGCCAAAUGUUAAUUGAAAUUUCUCUGUUGCUCUCCA